AUGGCCAAAGCUUCCCUUCAAUAUCCUCGCAGGGACAAAGAAGAAAUCACAGAUGUAAUGGUGGGCUACCUGAAAAAAUCUGUCAGUGUCAUCAACACGCCAGUUUGCAGGCAGGGAAUUCAGAGUGAUGCCCAGUGGCUUGAGAAAAACUUGGGUCCAUUUUCCACACGUGCUAAAUACUCUGACCUCAAAGUAUUCAACAUCUCUGGGGUGGCAGUUGUGGAAAACCUCUCACCAAAGCAGAAAGCUGAGCUGAUCCUGGAUCCAGACAGUAACGCUUUGGAGAAUGAGAACAUCGUAAGAGAGGUGUUCACAAGCUUGACAGAGUCCCCUGAUACUGAGCAGCUCAGUCAGUUUUUCCAGGCUUACAGUGACAUCAACAAGCAGAGAAACAUCACCAUCGUGGAAAAUCCAGCUGUACGAGACAUCAUCUUGAACCUGACCUUGACAGCCCUUGCUCCUGAAUUUGAAGACUUUGGGCCUGAAGACUAUAAGCUGUGGUUCCAGGUCUAUUUGGUCACUGUGAUGGCCAGCCUCCAUCCUGGCAGCUUGGCGGUGAUCCCCAGUAACAUCAGUUGUGCAUCCUACGCAGCCAUGUACGAAAUCAUAUUUCUCAAGUCCAAAGUCAGACACUUUGGAUUUUGCACGAUGUCAAAGUGUGGCUUCAGACAAGUCACAAAAAUGUGUGUUUUCUUCCCUCAGACUCACUGGCCUCGAGCAAAGUUUGAAAAUCCUGCCACUGCUGCUUUCACGGGGUGUGAGAUCAAGCAGAGAGUCACUCAAGGAGACAUUCGCACGUACGUUGACAUCAUUUUUCAGAUAAGCCAAUUACCACUGCUAUGA